AUGAUGACAAAUAAACCUAUUAAAAUUACUAAUAUGGCUCUACAGCGUUUAUUAAGUCUUAACUGCUUGGAGAUGAAUAAAGUUUAUUUAAGAAUAUCUGUAAAACAAGGAGGUUGCUCUGGUAUGUCCUAUUUAAUGAAUUUUGUAAAAUCAGAAGAUCUACAAAAAGCUGAUUCAAUUAUUGAAUUUGAGAAUUUUCAAAUAGUAUGUGAUAGUAAAAGUUUAUUGUAUUUAUAUGGUAUGUCUUUAGACUAUGAAGAUUCUUUAAUUGGUGGCGGUUUUCAAUUUAGUAAUCCUAACGCGCUUAAUACGUGUGGUUGUGGAAAAUCUUUUUCAGUGUAA